GAAUUGACAAUCUUCUAGGAUUCAUAUGCAUCUCACAAUAUUACUCUUAUCAUACACAUGUCUAUCUACCUAUCCAUCCAUGUAUUUGUCUUCUAUCUCAUCUACAACAUACAGCUAUGUCUACAUCUAUAUGUAUACCUAUAGUUGUGACAGUGUUAUUCAUUACAAACACUCGUGGUUCCACUUGAGUAUUCCAUGUUUUAAAGCUACAGGGAGAGAAAUGGAAUGCACAUGUCACUCUGCCAGCUGGCAUGAGCCUUAGAAUAUUGACAUCACAAUGGUUCUUCAGCCUGACAACUACAGAAUCCUCAGACUUCAGUUGCUUUCUAGCCACUGCAGUAACCAGUUUGGUGUUUAGCAGCAGGAAGGCGAACGAAAAUUUCACAUUGUUUGAUAAAUUCUUCAUUGCAGGCUCGUCUGAAAAGGUGGAGCCCUGUAUGAAGAUAAUUCUUUUUUUUUCAACAUGGAAAUGAUUGAGGAGGAAGAUGUGGGAGAAAAAAAUCAAGCCAUGGUUUGCCAAGGAGCCGUGGUUUUCCGAAGAGGAUGGAAAAGAAAUAAACGAUAUCUCACACUGCUCAGUGAUGUUUUGGUUGUCUCCACUAAACUAAAUAAGAAGAAGUUUAAAGUAAAGCAUGUCAUUCCAUUGACUUACCUGUGGAUUGGAGAUGAAACAGACAUAUUCAGGACAGACAACAGCCCUGCUUCCAAAACCAUUUACCUAUAUUGGCCAAUGGGAAAUGCUGUUGUCACCUUUCGUUCCAUGGAAGAGACCAUUUGGUGGAACUUCUUUCUACAAAGAUCCAUACGAGAUGCGAAGAAGCAGAACAAAAUAGAUUUAUCCCUGCAGAUAUCCACUGAGGACAUUGCACACUGUGACACUCCUCUAUAUGUAAAAGCUACAAACUUUGAUACAGUGAAUGACAUAAUGAGCAAGUUACUACCAAUGAUGAGAAAACAUAACAUUGAAGAUUUUCAACUGUGGUUCUGUCCUCGCCCUGGGGAAACUCCAAGAGCACUCCAAGGAAAUGAGUAUCCACAUGACAUUAUAAUGAUAAAUAUUCAAAAGAACUUCAGUUCACGGGACUUAAGGCAUUUUACAUCUUUCCCUUCCCUACCUGGGCUGAUCAUGAAAUAUCUAAACUCUGAUGCACAAGGGCAAUUCAUCUUAAGGCCCAGAAACACAGCCAGAAGCCAACAGCAAAAAAAUAUGAAGGAAAAGACUCUUAAGAAACAAAGAACUUCUAAAUCAUCGUGGUGGCACAGGAGCUAUGAGCCCCACCCAGACCAAGUAUGCAACACCCCAAAAGUUAAUAAUGGAGGAAAACUGUUUGGAAGAGAACUCAGUUCCAUUUGUAAGGAUGGCAACCUGCCCUUGGCAAUUCUGGACAUGCUGUCCCUACUAAAAAGGGAAGGGCCCACAACCGAGGGUGUCUUUAUAAUACGUCCGAGUAUAACAAUGUGCCAAACAAUAAAGGACAAAUUGGAUUCAGAGGAAGAGGUGGAUAUGAACAAGCUAUCAGUGCAUGUCGUGUCGUGGAUCUUUAAGGACUUUCUACAAAACAUUGAAGGAAGUCUGAUGACUUCAAAACUGUAUGAUGAGUGGAUUGCUGUAACCAAAAAAGUCGAUGACGAAGAGAAAUUAGCUGCAGUGCAGAGCCUUUUAGAUAAACUGCCAUCUGCAAAUGCUGUGCUUCUGAGGCAAAUUUUUCAAAUAUUAUAUGAAAUAAAAAGUAAUUCUUCUGUUAAUGAGAUGUCUUCUUACAAUCUAUCUGUUGGGAUAGCUCCAUGUCUCUUAUUCAUGCCCAGUUACUGCAAUAACGGAGGGACAAAUGACAUUCCCAUAAAGAUUUCUCUGGUAACAUUUAUGAUCGAAAACACUCCAAAAAUUUUUGGAGAGGACGUGGUUGCAGUGUCAUAUGAAACAUCCCUAACUCAUCCUCCCGGAGCAAAGUCCUCAUGUUCCCCUGACACUUCAGCAAAUACCAGAAACGUGAAGCAAACCAAUCGUGGACUCAGCAGCUGCCCCACUGAGAGGACAUGCACUCCUGACUAUAAUGCACUGCCAGGAAGUCCAGCUGCCCCUCUUCCCUGUGAAGACAUUCUAGAUUCAGAGAAAAGUAAAGGAAAUGUAUAUACCAACCAAGCAAUACCUUUGCUUAGUCUACCACAAGCACCAAAGAAAUGUUUGUUUGGCAAAUCUCUUGUGAGAAUUUUUGAAGGCAAAAGCCUGCCUACUCCAAUAUUUGAUAUGUUUUCCAUAAUUGCAGAGAAGGGACAAGAUUCUGAUCAUAUAUUUAAUACGGUAUCUGAAAUUUCACACUGGUCCCUGAGGGACAGGAUUGAAAAUGACGAACACAUAAACUGGCAGGAAGAAGACGUUCUAGUUAUAGCAUCCGUAUUAAUGGACUUCAUUAGUAACAUUAAAGGAAGCUUACUUACUUCUGAUUUAUAUGAAGAUUGGCUUACCAUCAUGGAUGAAGGAACUCUGUUUCGAAGAAUUACUGCCAUCCAAAGACUUACACGUCAGAUGCCCGAACAAAACUUCCUUCUUCUACAAUAUGUCAUUUGUGUAUUAGUAAUGAUAAGUGACUCUUCGAUGAAUAAUUUAGACUCUCACACAUUAUCUCUCCGCAUAGCUCCGUCUGUGCUAUGUGGUCAGCCUGCAAGUGACGCACUAUAUGGGGAUUCUGCCUCAAGAAAGAUAUCUGUUAUAAAAAUGAUGAUUGACCACUACCUUGAAAUAUUUGGAAAUGAUAAUCUAUUUUCUAAACAUAUUGACGAAAGGUCUGAUGAUCUAAAGAUGUAUAUAGAUUUAAUCUUCUCUAAGGGCAAAUCUCCUAUUAUGAAAAAAGUCAUAGUUGGCCCCAAUGGGACAACCUGCAGUAAUGAUGAAAAAGUAAAUAUUUCAAAUGCUGCUCUGCAGGAAGAAUUUCCUACAGGUUCAGAGAAACAUGAACACGAUGUAUCUACCAUUCCCUCAGUACUGUCUCCAAAUCGACUACGACCUAGGAAGAAAAGUUUGUUUGGCCAACCUCUUACAAGUAUUUUUGAAGACAAUAAGCUGCCUACUUCAAUACUAGACAUGAUAUCUAUAAUUGCAGCAAAAGGACAAAGUUCUGAUCAAUUAUUCAGAACUAUAUCUGAAAAUUCCCAGUGUUCCCUGAGGGACAAGAUUGACACAGAACAACCUAUCAACUGGAAUGACGAAUGUGUGCUGGUUGUAGCUUCAGUCUUAAAGGACUUUAUUACAAAUAUAGAUGGAAGCCUACUUACUUACAAUUUAUAUGAAAAUUGGCUUACCGUCCCAGAAGAAGAAACUCUGGCUGGACAAAUUAUUGCCAUUCAAAGCCUUCUACAACAGAUACCAGAUCCAAACUUUAUACUACUGAAAUAUCUCAUUUGUCUAUUAGUAAUAAUAAAAGACUCACCCAUGAAUAAGCUGGAUACUAAAAGGCUAUCGAUCCGCCUUGCUCCACAUGUCUUAUGGGGUUGGACUUCUAGUGACUCUUUAUUUGGGAAAGUUGUCUCAAGAAAGAUAUCUCUUAUGGAAAUUAUGAUUGACAACUACAUUCAAAUAUUUGAAAAUGAUAAUAGAUAUUGUAUCCAUAAUGAGAAAAGGUCUGCUGUAAUAAAUAAAUCUGCAGAUAUCAUAAAUUCUGAUGUCAAAUCAACUAUUAUGAACAAAAUCAUAGGUGGACUCAAUAGAAAAACCUGUUACAAUAAUGAAAUUUAAAUAUUUCAUAUGCAGCUCUGCAGAAAAGUCCUACAGGAGAAAACAGAACUCCUACCACAUAUAAGUGGUAGAGGAUGACGGGAAGAUGUUCUAAGGUCAUUCUAUUUUCAUGUUCCUGUCUACAGCCCACUAAAUUGUAGCAGAAGAUAUUGUUACAAGAUCCUACUUCUGCUUUAUAUUUCCCUAUAUUAGCUACAAAUAAUUUUCCCUCAUUAAACUUACUUUAUUCUCCCUAUUAUAUAUUGUUUGCUAUUAUAAUAAAUGUUAUUAAAUUGUUUUAUUGCUUACAC